AUGUCUGGGUUUGAAUCGAGUCGUGGUUAUCGCAGAAAAUUCUCUUUCUCAGAACUUGCCAUAGAUCUAACAGAGGACCACGACAAGCGACGGACGGUCCACUUUGGAAGUCUCCCACUGAUGAAAGGCGCUCGGGUCAGCCAAGUGAACCGGUUCAGUUUGGAUAUAAAGCGCAAACAAGUGCCAUCGGUCUCGGCGUGUAGGCCUGUCGAGAAUGGAUACCGCACGGAUCCUGAGCCUUCUCCUACUUCUUGUUCUUCUUCUUCUGCUAUCCAGAAACAUCAAUCUGGUUUAACACAGAGUCUAGAGAAGGAGGUGGUUGCGGCACUUGGGUUCAGUGACGGGGACUCGCGAUCCGGUCAUUCAUCCACCCAUCGAGGAAAUUCAGCGGAACUCGAGGCGACUCUUGGGCAUCACCAAGGCAAUAGUGUCUCCUCGGCGCAUGGAUUAGCGUCAGUGCAACCAUGCAGGGAUUGUCUUCCCCGAAAGCCUUUAUUGAAGAAGGAAGAGUCGCCUCCGAUGACUCCGAUCCAGGUGGCCAUUAACGAGGCGCCUUUGUUAGUCCCCGAGUACAAAAGCGACCAGCGGGACAUUGGGAACAAAAUUCUUUCGUGGGAACAAGCCAGCAAUAUCGACGGCAAUCCAGUGGACCAACAAAAUAACGUUCAGCCACAGCCUGCGGCGGACGAACCGCCUCCCGAAUGCAAUACUACUACUACUCGGCCAACCUCGACGACCAUGGGGAAACGAUAUUACUCCUCGGUCACGGAAACAAAACCCAGCAGUGAACGGAAUGUAACGCUGCUGGAGCCUAAUCAUAAUCACCACCGGAGGGGCUCCAGCGUGCAAAUACGACUCCAGCCCAUGCCGUCAGUCUCAUCAUUGGGCACUCUAGAGGCUGAUCGAGACCCGCAGCGGCCAUUGGGCCAAGUACUCGGCCAGGCCAACUCGUCCCGAGUGUCCUUUCUCUCGGAUGGGGGCCAAAGUCUUGGCGUCCAUCAUACACGCAUACGCGACAGGCCGAAGAGCCCCUGGCCAGCUGAUGAGGCUGAACAUCGACUUAGCGGUGUUUUUCGACCUCUGCUGUCAGGCAGUAAACCUGCGUCCAAGUCCACCCACCAUGCUCGCCCUGACCUGCCCGUGCAGCCUGCCUCGAAGCAAGCCCCUGCGCCUAAAGCUUUAUCGACCAUGGACAAGCUGAAGGUCGUCGGUAACAAAAUCCGCCGCCCCUCCAUAGGCUCGGAAUCGGGUCAGCCGCACAAAAAGGCCUUAGACAAAAUAAGCGGCUUCUUCAACCGUUCCAACGCUCGAGCGGGACACGACCGGCCGGAAUCCAGAGCGACAGAGUCUCACGUUCCACCGGUGCAACCCCAUCGUCACACCCAUUCAAUGGACCGACUCUAUCCCGUCUCCUCACAGUGCACCUCACACUCUCGCGUGCCUGCCGCUGAAAUCGGUCGCCCCCGAUCGAAUAUUGAAAAUCACACUUCCAAAGGGCAACCCCCUCCACCGGAAGGAUACUUCGCUCCGGAAUCUUUCUCUCGCUUCCGAGAUCAUCAGGAACCGGGCGUCCCCUUGACGCAGCAGAUAACGGUCGAAGAUAUCGACAGCAGUGCCCCCGCGAAUAAUCCUAUUCCAUCUCCAACGGAAUUUCUCCACAGACACAGCGGAAGUGGAAGUGGCAACGGUCGACUCACCCCCCAAUCACCUCCAUACCGACCGUCCGCUUCCCCCCAUCUUUCGUCCCCGCCACAAGCAUCCCCGAUCCCCUCCCCAGUCCCCGGCGCCCCACAAACCCCAUCCUCCCGCGGCCGGUCCGAAGAAAGAACCUACGCCCAAGACCUCAACAUUCGCUCCCGCAGCCCGAAAGCCUUCGCCCCGCGUCCCGAAGAGAGAAACAUCCUCAGCGCCGACACUUCUGACCCAGCCUACCACCUCGGCAUCUUCCGCCAAAACCCCCGAACAAGCCGCAUCGGCGACCAAGAACGACCCUGGAAAUUGACCAUCCCAGGCGAAGGCGAAGACAACAAUACCCCGGACGACGCCCUCACCUGGCGCCAGCAGACCACCCAGGGCGUCCUCCAAUGCGGCCAACAACUACCCACCUACGAAGAAGAUUCGCGCGAACACCAACACCAACCGUUGCAGGAGACUCACCAUGACCAAAAACUCCCUUUGACCAACCCUGCUCGUCCCUCCGCGCCUCCCCAUUCUCAAUCAACGGGCAAUCUCCACCCAACGAGGGGCGAAAGCCGGGUCCUGAACCACGACGCUCCGGUCGAGCUGCCCGUUCACGCGGACGACGAUUCCAGCGAGGAGAUCACGAUGUCCAGCACAGCUUAUCCGGGGCAGGAGUGGAGACCGGCGGGGUUUUCCGGGUGGGAGUAG